ACAUCUUUACAAGGUUGGUAUGUUGAACAUGUUAUGCAGCAUGGUCUGCCAGACAAACUUCUGGACCAAACUGUCAGAGUUUUGAAUAAACCGGCAGAUGAUCCCAAAGAAAAAUGGAACAAGAGGGAAAGUUCUGCUGGUCAGACAAAGACCAAAUCCAAGUAUUUCAAUCCCCCGAAGAUAUUACCCAAUCCCAGAACUUCCAAAGGCCCAAAAAAACAAAUCACCAAAGCUGAAGAUGAUAACAAUAAUAAAGAAUCACAGUUAACCUUGCUUUGGAAAAAGAGUGAUACAGAAGUUGUAGUAGCAGUUGUUCCGUCACAAAUUAAAGGUCGGAGCAUUGUGAUUCAUCAUUCUGACUUGUGCACUCUUCGACCACAUCAAUGGUUGACAGGGGAGAUCAUUGAAAGCCUUCUGCAUGUGGCUGCCCAUGCAUUGGGAGUCAUGGACACCUUCUACAUCCUGAAUCACUACUCAGCUGGUGUGAUUUUGUUCGGGGACAGAACUGAGCUUCCUAGACAAAGUUUACCAAAGGUAAACUUUGACAACUAUGAAGCAGUUCUGUCAUUUGUCCUUGUGAACAACAAUCACUGGAAGUUGCUGUACAUCAAUGCAGAAGCCAGAACUGUAUUCCUAAUAGAUCCUGCACAAGUAUCAUCUGAGCUUGUGGACUCCCAAAAGGCAGCUAAAAGAAUACAAGAAUACUUCAAAAUGAGAAGGACAUGCCAUGGAAAAACAGACUGGGUUGGGAUCCAAUGGAAAGGGGGGACAAUGCGCCACCCUAUUCAACAAGACGGAAGCAGCUGUGGAGUUAUUGUAGUCAAAAUGGCAAAAGCACUGAUGGAAGCCUUCCCUCUGAUGCCAGAUGUAGAUUUUGACACAACAAAAAAGGCAAUGAAAAGUGAAAGAAGAACUCUCGCUCUUCAAAUCCUUGAUGCAUCAGUAUUUGAUGACCACUGUUGGUGUGCGAUGUGCGCUGCAUACAAAGCCCCGGGGUCUGGCCCUGGAAUGACAGACUGGAUCCAGUGUGACAACUGUGACCGAUGGUACCAUGCCCUGUGCAUAAAUAUGAAGAGCACAGAAUUUCAAAAGAAAAAAACAGGCAGUUGGAAAUGUGUAUUGUGUAGUGAAUCUGAAAACUAGAAACUGUGUUCAUUGUUGUUCGAAAUACGUUUUGAAAAUAUCUGUGGAAAAUGAAAAUGUAAUAUGUUUGUGUGGCAUUGAUGCUAUGUGUGAUGUAUAAAGUGUACUGGAAUCAUUUCAAAUUGAUAAGUAAUUUUAUGACGUUAUCUGAAAGCUAUUGAGCAACAAUCUUAAACUUUAAGGAAAAGAUUCCUAAAAAUUAUAAAAUAAAAACAUAAAACAUAAAUAAAUGUCUGUGCCUCAUCUAUAGGGACUAGUAUAAUUAUUCCA